CUGCCGUCUCCAUGGAGACGGAGCGGGGCGCGGGAGAGGAGCCCCCGGGCCCGGCCAUGGAGCCCGGAGCGCGGCGGGGGACGGAGACCCCCCGGGGGGUGGCUCUGACCGGCCGCGUGCCCCCAGGGCAUGGGGGGGAUACCGGGGACGUGACCCCCCCGUGCACGGUGAGGAUCCGGGGGGAUGUGCUGCUGCCUUUGGUGGCCCCGUGCCGUGGGGACACGGCUGAGGAGCCCCCCGGGAUGGUGGUGGGUGGGGGUGAGGAGCACCAGGAGAUGCUGGACACAGAUGAGGAGCAGCAGGAGGAGCUGGUGGCCACGGCCGAGGAGAUCCCGAAGGUGCUGGCCAUGGCCAAGGAGCCCCCCGGGGUGCCGGCCCCGAUGCCCGUGGAGGAGCCAAGGCAGGUCGUGCCCCGCGGAAGCUGCUUGAUCCGCAACUGGCAGGAGGAGAGAGCCACCAACGGCCUGGACCGGGUGCUGGCGCCGGAGAUGGGCAGCGAGGGCUUCGUCCACCGGCACGGCCACCGCGGGCUGCUGGCCCGCCAGCCACCAGCCCAGCCGCCCCCCAGCACCACCUCCGAGCACACCUUCCGCCCGCCCCACCGCAUCCCGAUGCUGGCAAGAGGGCAGCGGGAGGCCCUGCUGGAGCUGAUGCUCUACCAGAAGUACAGGCGGGAGCUGCUGGAGGAGAGGUGCCCACCCCGUGCGCCCAUGGAGAGGCUCUCCACCACGCACCGGGAUUUCCAGGCGGGGGGCUUCCAGCCCACGCCGCUGCCCACCACCCAGCCCCACAACUACCACACGGAGCAGCCCCGCAGCUUCUGGCUGGAGCAAGCCCGCAGCGUGCCCGGCGUCACCUGCAUCCGCACCGGGGACAGCCCCUUUCGGAGGAACGCCGCCUUCUCCACCCCCUUCGCCGAGUACCUGGAGCAGCCCCUGCCCCACGGGGUGCGGCCGAGCAAGCAAUAAAGAGCAGGCGGUGUCCCUGCGCUGCCACCC